AUGAGGCGAAUUGCAGAGCGCUGUGGGUCAACCCUGCAGGUCUUCCAGAUUCGCAAUGACUCUCGCAGCGGUGGCACUAUUGGGCCCAUGACCAGUGCCCAGAUCGGCAUGAGGGCCAUUGACUGCGGUAUCCCGCAGCUGAGCAUGCACAGUAUCCGGGCGACUACUGGCAGCUUGGACCCCGGUCUGGGUGUGAAGUUGUUCAAGGGAUUCUUCGACCACUACGAAGAAGUUGAUAAGGAGUUCACCGACUUUUAG